GUUUAGUCGUCCGAAUGAAAUUCGCGUGUUUCUGAGUGUCUUUAUAAAAUAUUAUAAUAUUAUCGUUCUAUAGACUACCCAGUUCAUCUACCUACAAUCGCCGUUUGUUGUCUAGUGAUGACAGACAUCAUUAAUAUUUAUUACACAUUUAUUACGCGUCAGUGUCCGACUUCUUUCGACUAAACUCUAACGUUUAUUUUUCUUAUAUUUUAUUCUAAGACAAGAGUAAAUACGAUUUGAUAUAAAUAAUAUUAUAACAUUAUAACGACUGCAGCAGCCCACGAAACGCAUCCAGGAUGAGCAGCAGUUGCAACUGCCCGGUGACCCAGCCGGGACCGACGUUGGCCAGCACAUGUGGUGGGUCGGCGUUCAUGUUGUUCAUGGGCCUAUUGGAGGUGUUUAUCAGGUCGCAGUGCGACAUCGAAGACCCGUGCGGCCGACCGGCGAACAGGGCGUUGCCGGACAAGGAGUACGACUUCAUCGUCGUGGGUGGUGGAACGGCGGGCAGCGUGAUGGCCAGCAGACUCAGCGAGGUACCGCAAUGGAAAGUUUUGUUAAUUGAGUCGGGUGGAGAUGAACCCACCGGCACACAAGUCCCGUCAAUGUUCCUGAAUUUUUUGGGUUCGUCAAUUGAUUGGAGUUACAACACAGAACCUGAAGAAAUGGCGUGCUUAAGCAGUCCUGAGAGGCGAUGCAACUGGCCCAGAGGAAAGGUGUUAGGUGGCACGAGCGUGAUGAACGGUAUGAUGUACAUGCGGGGCAGUCGGCACGAUUUCGACGGCUGGGCCAAGAUGGGAAAUCCGGGCUGGAGCUACCAGGACGUGUUGCCGUACUUCCUCAAGUCCGAAGACAACCACCAGGCGACCAUCAUGGAUGCUGGUUACCACGGAGUCGGCGGCCCAAUGCCGGUCGGUCAAUUCCCAUACCACCCACCGUUGUCGCACGCUAUCCUGCAGGCCGGUCUGGAGCUUGGCUACCAGGUCCGUGAUCUGAAUGGAGCCCUGCACACAGGUUUCGCAAUCGCACAGACCACGUCCAAGAACGGUUCACGUUACAGCAUGGCCAGGGCGUUCCUACGGCCAGCCAAGGACCGGGCCAACCUGCAUGUGAUGCUCAACGCUACCGUGACCAGGGUGCUCAUCGACCCCAAGAAGAAGGCUGCGUACGGAGUGGAAGUGUACAACGGGGCAGACGGACGGACGACCACAAUUGGCGCACGACAAGAAGUGAUCGUGUCAGGCGGAGCUGUUGCCUCGCCGCAGUUGCUCCUCCUGUCGGGCGUCGGGCCCAAAGAUGAUCUGCGUGCCGUCGGCGUGCCAGUCGUGCACGAUUUGCCGGGAGUCGGCCGGAAUCUGCACAAUCACGUGGCGUUCUUUGUCAACUUCCGCAUCAAUGACACCUCAACGACCCCCUUGAAUUGGGCCACGGCCAUGGAGUAUCUGCUGUUCCGAGACGGGCUCAUGUCCGGCACCGGUAUAUCCGAGGUGACCGCCGUGCUUCCGUCCAAGUACGUCAACCCUGCCGAUGACAACCCCGACCUACAGUUCUUCUUCGGCGGUUACUUGGCCGACUGUGCCAAGACCGGUCAAGUGGGUGAAAAGUCUGGCAGCGGCGCCGGCGACGGCCGUCGAACCAUCAACAUGAUACCGGCGGUGUUGCACCCCAAGAGCCGAGGUCAGCUCAAGCUCAAAUCAUCCGACCCACUCGCUCACCCAGCCAUCUACGCUCGGUACCUGAGCCACCCCGACGACGUGGCCGUGCUCGUGGAAGGUAUCAAGAUCGCUAUUAAGUUGUCCGAGACACCCGCACUCCGCAAAUAUGGCAUGGAACUGGACCGGACGCCGGCCAUGGGUUGCGAGGACCUGGAGUUCGGAUGCGACGCGUACUGGGAGUGUGCGGUGCGCCGAAACACAGGACCCGAGAACCACCAGGCCGGAAGUUGUCGGAUGGGCCCACCCAGCGACCCGGGCGCCGUUGUUGACGCGGAGCUCCGCGUGCACGGCGUCGAUCGGCUGCGAGUGGUCGACGCGUCAGUGAUGCCGGCCGUCACUUCCGGAAAUACCAACGCUCCGGUGGUGAUGAUCGCAGAAAAGGCGUCUGACCUGAUCAAGGCCCGAUGGAUUGGCCGAAAGCCGUGGAACAAGUGGUAAGGCGACUGUGGCAGCCAAGCGGCGACGUCCUAUUUUAAUAACUUUGUAACUAUCGGUGCUAGAAUCGUUGGAAAACUGCAAAAACAAUAGUAUACACUGGUUAUCUUAUAGAUAUGAACGCUAAAAACACAUACACUGGCAAUUAUUUUCGUUCCUGUAGUAUAGACUAAAAUAUAUAUAUAUUGUAAGACACCACCAACAUGAUAAGUAAAACACAAUUCAUUUCCAAUAUUUGCAUAAUUUAAUAUAACCGACUAUUGCAAUAUGACGUAUCGAAAGUAUAUCCAAUGCGUAUUUAUAUAGGUACGUCCAUUACUUGACCAUCGAAUAAAUUGAUAAACCGUGGUUGUUAUAAAUUAUAUUAUUUACAUCAAAGCAUUCUAAAAUCUAUAAAUAUCCGCUAUGACAACAGAUCGAAAUACUUUCAUUGAAAGUUAUUCAUCAUAAUUUUAUUCACAUUCGAUUAUAAAAUAUUUAAUUUAAUUUCGGAUUUACGUAUAGAUAUACAAUAUAUUUUUCUCUGUGCAUAUUACAAUAUUUCUAACACGACUAUUGUAAAAUUAAUCCUAGCAGUUCCAUUCUCAGCGUUUCAUUCGCGAAAAUCAAUCGGAGCACCCCAAAAUAUUUCGUCCCUCCAAUACUCCACAUCCUCCGCCCGAAAUCAAGCACUUUAUUUAAAACAAAACAAAAAAAAAUCAUAUUCUGACACCUAUACUAUAUUACAUUAUAUUAUUAUUAUAAUAGUAUGUGUUUGUCGUGUGCAUCCAUUUCGUAUCGUAUCGCACACCAUGUCACUUUUCACUCGUCGCACACGUCUUGGUCGUUAUCACAAUAUUAUAUUGCUUUAGACCGCUCUACGCAGUCUGUGCAACUCGCCGAUGAAUCUCAACGAUACACAAUAUAUGACGAUAUCACUAUAAGUUUUAUACCACAAAAUAUGUACUAUAUAAUAUAAUAUACCACUCGCACGCACUAUCACGAUGGCGUCGAUAUCACCUGUAUGGUCACCGACUAUAGUGCCCACCCGGCGUCUCCGUAUGCUUCUGGUUUCGUUAUUUAUUGUGCACCUAUAUAUUUUUGAGAAGACUAUUAUUAUUAUUGUUUUUACAGAACGCAGUCCCACUGUACGUCCACGUCCCGCGACCGGCAAUCAAGUCGUCGCCACCACCUGUUUAGGUACCUACUAUAUUAUUAUGUAUACGACCAUUUAUAUACGAUACGUCUACGAGUUAUGGUUAGGUGCUCGGUGUGAUUGUAUACGCUCUAAAGUUAGCACACAGUUUAACGUUAAGUCCUAUUAUAUAAAGAGCACGCUUUUAAUAAAUCAAUCGGUUAAUUGUUUAUUAUAUUAUCAUUAUUAAACAUUAAUAUAUUAGAACGUAAUAUUAUCAUGAUAUUGCGUACCCAGGUCUUAUUUAAAUAAUAUUUUAGUUGGUAGGCACGUAACGUAACGUAUAUAAACUAUAGCAAUGUUAUUAAAAUAUAAUACAUUGAAAUGCCAUGACGAGAAAUUAGGGCCAUUAUUAUAUUUAAUAAUGUUAAAGGGAAUUUAGCCGACAAAUAUUGUAGUAUUUAUACGUUUUGUUAAGUAUAUAAUUCGAUGCAUUACCUAAAUUAUUAUUUUGUUUAUAAUAUUAUCGGUACGCUCAUACAUAAAGCUGCGCGUUGUGUUUUAGUCUUUAGUUUGUCAUUGCAAGGUGUACUACAAUGAUCAUUAUUUUCACUUAGCUUUUAGGUACCUAAAUUAUAAAUAGCAUAUUAUAUGCAAUAUUAUGUAUGUAGGGAAAAUUUAAGGAA